UAACCUUACUCAAUUUAGUGAAAGACAGAAAAUAAAGAGCAAAAUAUUCCAAGGAAAGUUAAUACAAGUAAUACUAUACUACUACAAUUACUACCUUACAAAAUUUAAAGAAGAAUAAGAAGUGUUGUGUUAGAAUUUUGAAUUAUUGAAGAUGGGAACAGUGGGAAGAAAUAUAGCUGGACCAUUGUUGUUUAUAAACUUGAUAAUGUAUGUUAUUGUUCUUGGUUUUGCUAGUUGGUCGCUCAACAAGUACAUCAACUUCUCUACUCAUCACCCUGGUUUGGGAGGCAAUGGUGCAACAUCUUUCUUCUUAAUUGUGGCAAUCUUGGCUGGUGUUGUUGGGGUGGUUUCGAAGUUGGCCGGGGCUAACCACAUUAGGGCAUGGAGAAAUGACAGUCUAGCUGCUGCUGGUUCGUCAUCGUUGGUUGCGUGGGCGCUCACUGCUCUCGCCAUGGGAUUAGCUUGCAAAGAGAUCAAUAUAGGAGGAUGGAGAGGGUGGAGGCUGAGAGUGUUGGAAGCUUUUAUCAUCAUCCUCACAUUCUUCGAGCUGUUCUACGUGCUAGCCAUACAUGCCGGACUAUUCAGCAGUCGAUAUGGCCCUGGGUAUCGAGAACAUGAGUAUGCCAUGGGAGCUCCAGGAACAAAUGUCGAUCCAAAGCAUGGACAAACCACAACUAGGGUUUGAAAUGAUAACCUAAUAAUUCUAUAGGGUAGAAUGAUGUAUGUGAAGUUAAUGGUUGCUAAAAAGAAUGAUGGAUUUUCAUUGUCCUAGGGUUUUUUAAAUAUCCCCUUUUGAACAGAUAAGGAUGCAUGAUGUUUUCAUGCGUGUAUGGAUAGGUUUUGUGUGAAAGUUGUCUUGUAUGUUAUUAAGACCUUUGUGGUUUGUAAGAUGUUUCAUUGCACUAUAUUGCAUGUAAGAACCUUUUAAUGUUUUAUCCGAAAUAGUUUUUAUAAUAUUUGAUGAGAAUAAUGUAUAUAGGUUGUGUGUGGAA